GCUGGCGGCGCGCGGAAGUGACGGAGCGGGGCCGAGGGCGGGCGCGACAGGGCGCGACAGGGCGCGACAGGGCGCGACAGGCCGCGGGCACCCGCAGCGCCCGCAGCCGAUGUAGAACCCUCGCGGGCGCUCUGUGCUCCAGAUGGACCAGUCGUCUCCAACCUACAUGCUUGCCAACUUAACCCACUUGCAUUCUGAGCAGCUUCUGCAAGGCUUGAACCUCCUUCGCCAGCACCGCGAGCUGUGUGACAUUAUCCUUCGAGUCGGCGAUGUCAAGAUUCACGCCCACAAAGUGGUGCUCGCCAGCAUCAGCCCCUAUUUCAAAGCCAUGUUCACGGGGAACCUUUCCGAGAAGGAGAAUUCGGAGGUAGAGUUCCAGUGCAUCGACGAGGCAGCCCUGCAGGCCAUCGUGGAGUACGCCUACACGGGAACUGUGUUCAUCUCGCAGGACACCGUGGAGUCGCUUCUUCCAGCCGCAAACCUUCUCCAAAUCAAGCUGGUGGUGAAGGAGUGCUGCGCCUUUCUCGAGAGCCAGCUUGACCCCGGCAACUGCAUCGGGAUCUCCCGGUUUGCAGAGACCUACGGGUGCCACGACCUCUACCUGGCCGCUAACAAGUACAUUUGUCAGAACUUCGAAGAAGUCUGUCAGACCGAAGAGUUUUUUGAGCUUUCGCAUUCUGAAUUGGACGAAAUUGUUUCCAACGACUGCUUGAACGUCGUGACGGAAGAAACGGUUUUUUAUGCGCUGGAGUCCUGGAUCAAGUACGACGUUCAGGAGCGGCAGAAGUACUUGGCGCAGCUGCUGCACUGCGUCCGCCUGCCGCUGCUGAGCGUCAAGUUCCUCACGCGGCUGUACGAAGCGAACCAUCUCAUCCGCGACGACCACACCUGCAAGCACCUGCUGAACGAGGCCCUCAAGUAUCACUUCAUGCCUGAGCACAGGCUGUCCCACCAGACCGUGCUGAUGACGCGGCCUCGCUGUGCCCCUAAGGUUCUUUGCGCUGUGGGAGGAAAAGCCGGGCUGUUUGCCUGCUUGGAGAGUGUUGAAAUGUAUUUUCCCCAGAACGACUCCUGGAUAGGCCUGGCACCUCUUAGCAUUCCCCGCUACGAGUUUGGAAUAUGCGUCCUAGACCAGAAAAUCUACGUUGUAGGAGGGAUCGCAACCCACGUGUGUCAAGGCAUCAGCUAUCGCAAGCACGAGAACUCGGUGGAGUGCUGGGACCCCGACACGAACACUUGGACGUCUCUCGAAAGGAUGUUUGAGAGCCGCAGCACUCUGGGAGUGGUGGUCCUGGCGGGAGAGCUCUAUGCCCUCGGUGGCUAUGACGGGCAGUCCUACCUGCGGACUGUGGAGAAAUACAUUCCCAAGGUGAAGGAGUGGCAGCUCGUGGCCCCCAUGAACAAGACGCGGAGUUGUUUUGCUGCGGCUGUCCUGGACGGAAUGAUAUACGCCAUUGGGGGCUACGGGCCUGCCCACAUGAACAGCAUGGAGCGCUACGAUCCAAGUAAAAACUCCUGGGAAACGGUAGCUUCGAUGGCCGAUAAGCGAAUAAACUUUGGUGUUGGCGUCAUGCUGGGCUUCAUUUUCGUAGUGGGCGGGCACAACGGAGUGUCUCACCUCUCGAGCAUUGAGAGAUACGACCCGCAUCAGAACCAGUGGACGGUGUGCCGGCCCAUGAAGGAGCCCAGAACAGGAGUUGGCGCAGCUGUAAUCGACAACUACCUUUAUGUAGUGGGAGGUCAUUCAGGGUCGUCCUACCUGAACACUGUGCAGAAGUACGAUCCCAUCGCGGACGCCUGGCUGGACUCUGCGGGCAUGAUGUAUUGUCGAUGCAAUUUCGGUUUGACCGCACUUUGAUGGGAAGCGGGACUUCACAUGGACCUGAUGCGAAGAUGGAACUUGAUCUGCUUGAAAAUAAACCUGCUGCUGGAGACCGUACGCUGCGUUUUCAGACGUGGGAAAAUGGGAGGAAUGUGGUGAAGUUGUGGUUGGAACGAGGAAUGAUUUGUUUUAUUCCGGUUUUCGGCCUCUGUUACUGUAGUGACACGGGCAGAAGGAACUGAAAGCUUAUAGCCGGCUGGGUUUGGAUAGCAUCUUGUUGAUGGCAGUGAAUUUUAGAGAGUGUACUGUACACGCCUAGGAUAUGGUUAGAAAACUUACUGUAUAUCUAACCCUUUCACUUUCUAGAGCUUUUCUCUCUUCCUCCUGCCUACUAAGAAACAUGAAGUUUACUGUGCUUGGCGUGAGAGACGUGUGAGUGUGGUGUGUGACUGGAUGUUUGCUGAUAGCUGUCUGGUUGCGUCUUCAUAUUAAGAAAAUGCCAGUGCUUCAUAAUUUUUUUAUGAACAGUAACUAAAGGGCUGCCUUGUUUCUGUAUCUCAAGGUUUGUAAAUAAUAAAUGCCGUAGUAUGUUGCCUGUA